GUCAACCUAGAUUUGUCGGUCAAUCUUUACUACCCCAAAACAAAGCCAAAAUAAAUCAAAAGGACUUGUUCGAGGGGUUGUUCGUUUAUAUAUCAAGGACUUGUUAACGUUUUAUUUGGCUCACAAGUCCUUCUCUCUCCCUCGUCAAUCAAAAACCAUUCAAAGCUUUUAGUCUAACAUGGAGUUGGGUUUGAGUUUAGGAGAUGCACAUUAUGCACCAAACUCAUUCUCAUUAUUAGGACCUCUUGACAGAUCAAAAGACAAAGGUGAAGAACAGAGAAGAGGCUCAUCUUCAUCAUCAGAUUCACAGCCAGUACAGCUUGAUCUUCUGCCUUUCACUCCGGUUCCAAGAAAUCAACCAACCUCACAGUUUCGCUUUCCAUGGCUCACUGAGAACUUGUUAUCUGAACCUGGUUCAUCAGAUGGAUCACGAAGAAGGAUAGAUCGUGUGAACCGCCUGCCAUUGGCAGUGGAGGAUGGGGAAGAUGGAGGAUCGCUAUCGUCCCCAAACAGCACGGUUUCAUCAUUUCAGAUGGAAGACUUGUCAAUAUAUACAAGUGGAAGAGUCAAAAGGGAUUUGGAGACAACUAUUCUAAAUGAAUUUGACAAAGAUCAUCAAAGAGGUGGAUCUUCAAGAGGAAGUGAUGAAGAAGAGAAUGGUUUGGCUAGGAAGAAACUCAGACUCUCCAAAGAACAAUCUGCUUUUCUUGAGCAUAGCUUCAAAGACCACAAUACACUCAACCCUAAACAGAAGCUUGCUCUAGCAAAGCAGUUGAAUCUCCGUCCUCGCCAAGUAGAAGUAUGGUUUCAGAAUAGAAGAGCAAGGACAAAGUUGAAGCAAACAGAGGUAGAUUGUGAGUACUUAAAGAGAUGCUUUGAGGCACUGACAGAAGAGAACAGGAGGUUACAAAAGGAGCUUCAAGAAUUAAGGACUUUGAAGGCUUCCCAAUCUUUCUACAAGCAGCCUCCCGCCACCACUCUCACCAUGUGCCCUUCAUGCGAGCGUGUCGCCUCCACCACCACCACCACUACCACUGUGGCCAAUCCCACCACCACCGGCUCUGCUGCCACUGCCACUGCUAACAAUACAGUAUAUCCCUUUAUUAGCUCCCAAUCUCAUGCACAAGAGGCUGCUUAAUCCAUGAGAUUAGAUCAAUACCAGAGUGUAGUUAGUUUCUGCAUAUACAUACGUCUGUAUCAUGGCCUUGUUUAUAGUGGUUUCAUCAAAAAAAAAUUCCACUUCAAUGUAUGAUUUUUAUUUUUUAAUUUUUUUAUAGGUUCUGUUUUGGAGGAAGAGAUGAAUUAGUGUAUGAGAGUGCAAUUUUUUUUUUUUUUUUAGGUUCUGUUUUGGAGAAAGAGAUAAACUAGUGUAUGAGAGUGCAGAGUGCUAAGACAUAAGAAGAAAUUUUAUUCA